AUGGUAGAUGUGAAAAAGACAAAAAAGUCUCUAGAGCUGAUAAACUCUAGGCUCCAACUUGUUAUGGAAAUUGGAAAAUACAUGCUGGGGUACAAACAGACUCUUAAGAUGAUCAGGCAAGGAGAAGCCAACAACUGCCCAGCCAUGAGGAAAUCUGAAAGUGAGUACUACGUCAUGUUGGCCAAAACUGGUGUCCAUCACUACAGAGGCAGUAAUACCGAACUGGGCUCAGCAUAUGGAAAAUACUACAGAGUAUGCCCACUGGCUAUCAUUGAUCCAGGCGAUUCUGACUUUAUUAUAAGCAUGCCAGAACAGACUCUGGUGAAAAAUGAAUCAUGGAAGCUCAAAACACCUGGAGGCCUCCAGGGAAUGCUGAGUCUACAGAUGCUGAAGGAGACAAGGACUUUCCUCCACAACUGA